AUGAAACUUAUAGUUUGCAAUGAACUUCAAAGUAUAGAUACAACAAAAGUUUUGAACUCAGAUGCUUUGAAGAGUCUUAUAACAGAUAAAGUUGGAGUUGUUGAAAGAAAAUAUAAAGACCAAAGAGUUUGUGAAAAUGUUGCAAACUUCAUUAUGGUUUCAAACAAUACUGUUCCGAUGAAGUUAGAAAGUUCUGACAGAAGAUAUGUAGUUGUCAGAACGUCAGAUUCUCAUAUGCAAGAUACAGAAUAUUUUGACGACUUAGCAGAAACUUUGACAUCUGACUUUUACAACCACUUGUUCUCAUAUUUCAUGACAUUAGAUAUUUCUAAGUUCAAUCCAAGACAAAUUCCACAUACCGAAGAGAGACAAACAUUGUUAGAAGCAAACAAGAGUGUAUAUGAACUGUUCAUAGAUGAAACUGACUUUGUGUCAUUAGAUGAAAGGUCAUUGUACGAUUCGUAUAAACAAUAUUGUCAAGAAUAUGGUUAUAUGGCAGCUUCUAAACGAACAUUCUUGGCAAAUGUCAAAAGUCUUUUAGAUGUUCAGAAUGGUGUAUAUACAAAGAAAAAUUUUUCUGAGUAA